AUGAGCGGACCUGUCACUCUCCAGUUUCACAGCAAGCUAGUCUAUUUACUUGCAGGAACACUAUGUUUCUUGUUCUGGCUGUUCAUUUGGUCCUGGCAGGAAAAUCUUAGGAUGCUUUUGCCCACAAGCAACGAUACUUCUGAACCAACCACUACUACGAACAAUAAAAGUCCACAACAGUUUACUCAACCGAUGGUUGCCGAUCUGUCUCAGAUAAACAGCUCUCUCUGCACAAUCGAAACCUACAACCAGGGCCAGUGGAAAUAUAGACCCUUGAACCUCAAGCCAGUCAACAGAGCAACAAUCGACAAGGCUGUCGGGUACCACUGCAAAAAGCAAUUUACACACAUGUGUUACAGACGAGACGAUCCAAAAGAACUCCAACGUAGCAAGCGCAUGCUUGACUAUAGUUGGGAACCAGAAUCAUGCUCAGUCUUACCAUUGGAUCCAGAAGCAUUCGCUAAACACCUAUCAAAGAAAUCUCUGUUGAUGAUCGGAGACUCCAUUACACAACUACACUACGAAAGUCUGAGUUGUUUACUCGGAGAGUACAUCCAGGUUCCAAAGACGGAGACCCGUGUAAAUGGUGGUGACAGUUACAUCAAGCCUACUCAACACGUCUACAAGCAGGCCCAAGACGGAGACAAGGAAGUAUCGAUGGCAUAUGUUCGAGCCGACUACUUACUCCGUCUGGACGACUUUAAGUUGAUUGCACCAUUUGAAGAUGAAGGAGAUCAGAUGGGAAGAGGACACAAUUAUCCUUGGGUUCAUGCUAUUCCUUAUUUUGACUAUGUGAUCAUCAAUACCGGCCCUCACUGGCAUCCUAACUUUAAAUGGGGUCCCAAUAGAUCUCAGGACGAAAUGCUGGCUGCAUUCAAAGAGGCGAUGGGAAUUGUGUUUGAUCAUCUCAAGGCCAAUGUCAAACCACACCAGACGAUAUGGAUCAGAAGCACACCGUACGGCCAUGCAAACUGCUCACAAUACACAGUUCCACAAAACAUACCUUUUCAACCAACCGGACAACCCAAAGAAUACGAAUGGCAUAUGUUUGAAGCAUUUGAUAAUGUUUGGAAGGAAUGGAUCAAAGAAGAGAACGAUAGUAGAUUCCAGUUUCUAGACGUUUCUUUGACUAAUAGACGAGGUGAUGCUCAUUCACGUCCAGAUAAAGAUUGUCUUCACACAUGCAUACCUGAAAAAAUAAGUGGUUUGCGCCAAUGGGAUUGUCAUUUGGAUAUGUUUAUUCAUAAAUGUAAUUUGGGCAUGUUUCUCUCUAUAGGACCUGUGGAUGAUUGGAAUCGACUACUCUUUCAUGAGAUGGCUAAGAAGUCUGUCUAA